CGACGCUGUGAUUGGUGCUCCUGGGAUGCGGCUCCAGACGAUUGGCGCAAAGUUUCUCGAGGACACCCCACACACCACCCCGCAAAUAUUCGUGGUCCAGCACCACUGAGAGUCCAGUUGUUUUCACUCUCCAUCCUCGCACGAACAAAGAGCCGGAGCUACCGUCUGCUGGAUGAUGCGCGCAAACAUCUGACGGAAACUGCAGACGUCGAACUGGGAAUAGAAGAGUUUUGAUAAAGCUUCAGCAGGCAUUGCAUUACUCGGAGAAUAAAAAUGGUGUCAGCCGGACUGGAGAUUCUGGGACUGUCGUUGUGCGUCAUCGGCUCGCUGCUGGUGAUGGUCGCCUGCGGGCUGCCCAUGUGGAAGGUGACCGCUUUCAUCGAGGCCAACAUCGUGGUGGCGCAGACCAUUUGGGACGGUCUGUGGAUGUCCUGCGUGGUGCAGAGCACCGGGCAGAUGCAGUGCAAGGUGCACGACUCCGUCCUCUCUCUCACGCACGACCUCCAGGCGGCCCGGGCGCUCACCAUCAUCUCGUCGGUGUUGGGGGUACUGGGGCUCAUGGUUGUGAUCGCCGGGGCGCAGUGCACCAACUGUAUCCGCACCGAGUACGUCAAGGCCCGAGUGGUGAACGCCGGAGGGGUCAUCUACAUCAUCAGCGGUAUCCUCGUGCUGAUCCCCCUCUGCUGGAUGGCCAACAACAUCAUAUCGGACUUCUACAACCCGAACAUGCCGCCGUCUAAGAAGCGGGAGAUUGGCGCGGCGCUCUACAUCGGCUGGGCGGCCACCGCGCUGCUGCUGAUCGGAGGAGCGCUGCUGUGCUGCUCCUGCCCCUCCAGCGCGAACUCUGGAUACUCUGUCAAAUACGCUCAAACCAAGCGAGCCACGCAGAAUGGGGAAUAUGACAAGAGGAAUUACGUGUAAACUCACUGGAAACUUUUUAAAAACUCUUUUUUGACGGACAUUUUUUGCACCUGCAUUUUGUAUGAACCUCCAGUGGAGACGCCUCUGCUCUCCCCCAUGUAAGCGCAGACUACAAUCCCAUCAUCCCUUCUUGUUUCCACGGGACAGUUUUUUUGGGGGAAAAAAAGACUUCUGGAGGUAGCUCACAAACAAAAAGGAGUAUCUUUUUAGGUACCUGCUUUUGUAAGUCUUAAUUAGUGUUCUCCUUUGUUGUAACUGUUUAUGGAGUUCUGUUAAACUCGAAACAUUGUUGCUUUGCUUCGUUGUGCGUUGUCAGCACUUAAGUGUUCUGUUAAACUGCACUCCCACAUUUCCUGUGAUGGAACUGCACAAACACACUGGAGACAUCAAGCAUGUCCUCAAACCAAAAGGACUUUUGCUUUUGUAGUGUGAUGAAAUUUGGACCUGUAGAUUUCAUAGCUGAUGUCAGAACCCCAUUUUUAUUUCAUCAUCAAACCCUCUUGUCUUUUUUGUUUAUAUUAUGUUUGGUGUAAGGAUUCCAUGUCCUGGUGUAAAGAUGCAAUAUUGUGUCAUUUUAUUAAAGUUGCAGUGUGUAAAAUUCAUUGACAUGUAGUCAUGGUGUGGAUUCUGGGACGCCCUUCACAGUUGCCUACAGAAGCCGACCUGUUAAUGUGAAUCAUAUCACACGUCUACAAGUUGCAACUUGUUCCAAUUUCUUUAAUCAUUUCAUUUUUUGGUUACUCCAAAUGCUCUCUGUAUAUUAUAUAAUAUUCUAGGCAGAAGUCACAUUCCACAACAUCUGACAUGAAUCACUAAUAAAUAAUCUCUGUUGAGGUUUUGA